CUCAAGUUUUGGGUGUGUACAAUCUUGAAAUUCGCUGUGUUGCUUGUGCAGUUAUACAUAGAGAUACUAACAUCUAUAUCUAUAUAUACACGAUCAUGGUUGAUUGUGAGCUUGGGAUAAUGAAGGUUGACUUUUCAAAGCCAAAAAGAAAGCGUUUUGGAAGAAGCAAUUCACAAGGAGGAGAAAUCCGGAUGCAUGAAGUUGUGGAUUUUAGUGGAAUGUCUCUGGACACUCUUCCUUUAACUACUAAUAUCAAUUUUGGGCUUGUCUAUAAACUGGAUAUUUCCAACAAUAACCUUCAGGUAAUUCCAGAGUCAUUAACAGCAAGGCUACUAAAUAUAGAGGUAUUAGAUGUACAUUCGAAUCAACUUAAAACACUCCCAAAUUCAAUUGGUUGUUUGUCAAAACUCAAGACCCUCAACAUAUCAGGAAACCAACUUCAGUCCCUCCCAAUCACCAUUGAGAAUUGCAGAGCAUUAGAAGAUAUAAAUGCAAAUUUCAACCAAUUGACCAAAUUACCAGACACCAUUGGAUUUGAACUCGUAAACCUAAAGAAGCUAUCAAUUAACUCGAACAAGUUGACCUUCCUUCCAUCAUCAACCUCCCACUUAACCAAUCUCCGCCACCUUGAUGCCCGUCUGAACCACCUUCGCUCCCUCCCUGAUGACCUUGAAAACCUAAUCAACCUUGAGAUUCUCAAUAUCAGUCAAAACUUCCAAUACCUUGACGCUUUACCCUACUCCUUAGGUGUCCUCAUCUCCCUCGUAGAAUUGGACAUCAGUUACAACAAGAUUAGCAUCUUGCCAGACUCCAUGGGUUGCCUGAAAAGUCUCCGGAAGCUCAACGUUGAAGGAAACCCUUUGGUGUGUCCGCCACCGGAGGUGGUGGAGCUAGGGUUAGACAAGAUAAAACAGUACUUGAGCGAGAAGAUGAAUGGAGCCCAUCAGAACUCUUCAAAGAAAAGGUCUUGGUUCGGAAAACUAAAGAAAUAUGGCACGUUUAAUUCCUCUCGUAUGACGCAAGUGGAAAGAGAAGGGUAUUUGAUGCCUGGUUAUCGUACGAUUGAUGGACUUCCUUCACUUAGAAGCAUGGACAUGGGCAUGUUCUCGCCUCUACGAAUUUUCUCGCCAAAAAAUUAUUUUACCAGAUAAUUAAGGUUAUGAGGCCAUCGGUUCUUUUUAGUGCUCAAAUAUCAUUGGAGUAGUACCUUAAAAAUAACUCUUUUUAGUCAGGUGGUUAAACGAUCUUGCAUGUACAUAAAUAAUGUCUUAGAUUCAAUCUCUUGCACUGUUAUUUUAACUAUGGGGAUAUUGUGAGUUAGGUUUCACAUUAUUGUUGUGAUACUGGUUGGUAGAGUUUUUCAAGAGUGGUGUGGAGUUUUUUCUCAUUGAUUUAUCUUUGAAAGUUUUGUAAUUUGAAAUCAUGUAUAUUUAGGUGUGGAG